CAUUCCGCGCCGGGUCCGGCUCGCGGCGGCCGCGGCGCGCGUAGGUCCGGGGGAGGAAGCCGGCGGGCGGACGCGCGCAGCCACGACGGAGCAGCCGCGGGACUGGCCGCCCCGCGCCCCGUUCGCCGCCGUGCCGUUUCCCGGCGCGCUCACCCCGUUCUCGGGAUGGGAGUGUAGCGGCGGCGCGGACUCGGCGGGGAUCGCGGUGGAGGCGGCUGCGGCGGCCGAACGCGGCUCCAUGUUUUCCCCCGGCCAGGAGGAGCCCAGCGCCCCCAACAAGGAGCCGGUGAAAUACGGGGAGCUGGUGGUCCUCGGGUACAAUGGUGCUUUGCCUAAUGGCGACAGGGGCAGGAGGAAAAGCAGAUUCGCCCUCUAUAAGCGGACCAAGGCCAACGGCGUCAAACCCAGCACAAUCCACGUGGUCUCCACACCCCAGGCAUCCAAGGUGCACCACCAUCCACCGUUGCUAGACCAGGAGCCAAGCUGCCAGCACACAAGCCAGCCAUUGGGGACAGACCACACCCAGACCACAGCGGCUAUCAGCUGCAAAGGUCAGCACAGCAUAUCCUACACUUUGUCAAGGAGCCAGACGGUGGUGGUGGAGUACACACAUGAUAAAGACACGGACAUGUUUCAGGUGGGCAGAUCAACAGAAAGCCCUAUCGACUUCGUGGUUACGGACACCAUUUCUGGCGGCCAGAACGAUGACGCUCAGAUCACACAGAGCACCAUCUCUAGGUUUGCCUGCAGGAUUGUGUGUGACAGGAGCGAGCCGUACACGGCACGCAUAUUCGCAGCUGGAUUCGACUCUUCCAAAAACAUAUUUCUUGGAGAAAAGGCAGCAAAAUGGAAAAACCCAGAUGGACACAUGGACGGGCUCACCACCAAUGGCGUUCUGGUGAUGCAUCCUCGAGGAGGCUUCACCCAGGAGUCCCAGCCUGGAGUCUGGCGAGAAAUCUCUGUCUGUGGAGACGUGUACACCUUACGAGAGACCAGGUCGGCCCAGCAGAGGGGAAAGCUGGUGGAAAGCGAGACCAAUGUCCUGCAGGACGGCUCCCUCAUUGACCUGUGUGGAGCCACACUCCUCUGGAGGACCGCGGAUGGCCUUUUUCACACCCCGACGCAGAAGCACAUCGAAGCUCUCAGGCAGGAGAUCAAUGCAGCCCGACCCCAGUGUCCUGUGGGCCUCAACACCCUGGCCUUCCCCAGCAUCAGUCGGAAGGAGGUGGUGGAGGAGAAGCAGCCCUGGGCAUACCUGAGCUGUGGCCAUGUGCACGGCUACCACAACUGGGGCCACCGGAGUGACACGGAGGCCAACGAGAGGGAGUGCCCCAUGUGCAGGACUGUGGGCCCCUACGUCCCUCUGUGGCUGGGCUGUGAGGCGGGGUUUUAUGUUGAUGCCGGGCCCCCGACUCACGCCUUCACCCCCUGUGGACACGUGUGUUCAGAGAAGUCUGCCAAGUACUGGUCUCAGAUCCCACUGCCUCACGGGACGCACGCCUUUCACGCCGCUUGUCCCUUCUGCGCCACGCAGCUGGUUGGCGAUCAGAACUGCAUCAAAUUGAUUUUCCAAGGCCCAGUGGACUGACGCCCUGACAGCCGUCUGUGCGCUAUUAACAAGUUACUGUGAAGGUUUUGCCACUAACUCUAGAUUCUACCUUUUUGUAAUGCCGGUUUGUUAAGGGAGAGGCAGACUGGGAUGGGAAAGGGGUGGGUGGGGGGAAUCUGGUUAUGAAACAUGGCAGGAGCUGACAGAUACCACUGUGUUUUGCAUGCUUGGAACAGCAGCAGCAUCGUUGGGGUCUGCCUGAUUAAACCUUAAUACUUGUGUAAUAAUUGGGUUUCAACUACCAUGCUUUUGUUUUUACCUUCAGGUUUUUAACUGAGUUUCUUUUUGCUUUAUAAACUUGGACACGAUUUGACAUCCUCUUUUUUUUUUUUUUUUUUACAAAUGUAAAAGAAAUGUAUUCAACAGCUGUCUCUUAGUGCACAGGCUGCAGUGUUCAAUGGCAUGCAAGAUGUGCAGUGGCUGGAAAUACUUGGCAGUGGCCAGAAUUUGGCCCAGGACCAAAGGGCCAGCUCUGUUGGCCCUUCCAGAAGCACCCAGCAGACAGGAGGCAUAGGCCAGGCACCUGUUUUAAAUCUACAGCUUUUUUUUUUGUCUUCUUCUCAUUUAGUUUUCUGGCUUUGGGUGGAAGAGACUAUCCAUAUACUAUUUUAUUUUAACAUGAGCGGAGUUUAUUUGCACACUAAUUCAUCAGAUACUCAAAAGGCAUGUCAAACAGAUUUUCCCACAAGUUUUAGUCUGCCCUGUUACUUUUGUUUAAUAUGGGCUGCCUCUCAUUCUCACUUUACCUGUCAAAAAUGAUUGAUUGAUUGAUUGAUUGAUUGAUUGAUUGAUUGAUUGAUUGCUUAAAAUCCGUCAGCUUUCUGAAAUGCAUGAGCGGCGGGUGUCAGAGGCAGCAGUUCACAGGAGCUAAGGGAGGCUGUGGCAGCUGUGGGCGUGUCCUGGGUACCCUAACAGCAUCUUCAUCUGCAUCCCGACCUAGGGAGAUUUAAAAUAUGCUCUUACUUUUUAAAGCCACGUGUUGGCACUUCGUGGUAUGGCUUCCUCCCUCCUCCUCCUCCUCUUCCUCAUCCACUUGUAGAAAGCUAAAUCUUGUGAGCCCCAGAGCAACAGAUGACAAUGAGAGGGUCACUUUUGUUCACUGCCUCCCACCAUCUGUCACCUUCCCUUCCAGGUUAAGGAGCCCCAUUAACUCUGAAAAUGUUUGCGAAUCCAAACUAAAUUUGAGUGUGAUGAGUGGAUACACUGAGCGCAUCUGCAGAGCAAGGGAGUAUUCACCUGGAAAUAAUUACACCAGAAUUUCAUAGGAGUUGUGCUAUCCCUCUCUGUUAGUUUCAUUUUGGGUUAAUUAAUAAUUCCUGAACACUCAUUUUCUGUGUUUGGUGCCAGGAGUAUUGUAGCUCGCGGAAUGUUAGAAACUGCUGGGUUUAGCUACAUUCCCUGGGAGAAAGUCUGCAGUUAACCUAGUGUCUGUUUAAAUGGACCUUCCACAGAUCUGGGCGGCCUGGUCUAGCUUUUGUAAAUAAUGUAUAAUUUAUGUGAGUCUGGUAUACUAUGUCCAUACUUGAAUCGGUUUUUCUAUACUUUGCCUAUUUGCAGGUAUUUGGCCUAUUUUCAGCAAAUUAAACCUAUUUGAGUACUUUUUCUUAAAAGCAAAAAGUAUAUUAAUGACUCUUUAAUGCUGCUGCUGUUUAAUUUGACUAAAGUAUGUUGGAUUUGCCUGUCAGUUUUAAAAUAGCUUUAUCUACCCAUGGAGACCAUUUCGCAGGAAGCGAGAUUUUGUGUGUGUGUGUGUUUUUUUUAAUUAUUCUAUUUGUGAUGUGGAAAUCCAACAACAACAGUCUUCCCUCUGUUAAUUUCCUAUGUUCUACAUAGAAAGGAAGGAAGGAAGGAAGGAAGGAAGGAAGGAAGCAAGCACACUUUCUAGAAAACCCUAUUGGAUUCCAUCUGAUGCAGCCAGAGUCUCCAGCACUGGUUUCCAGAGAAGGAUAAAGGGCUCCUUCCUCCUCCUGUUACAUGGAGAUAAUUUGAGGAUUCUUAAUAUCCUAGGAUUAUCUUCUGCUAUAAAUGGUGUUAGACCCAGAGAGGUUGUUGAAUUUCAACUAUGAAAAAAAAAGCUUUUAGUUUUCAAGUAUAUUCCACUGAUACCAGACUUCCCUGUGUCAAGGGUAUAUAAGUCUACUAGUUCUGCGCAGGGCACGUGCCCCUAAAUAAGGGAGCAUCCGACCUUCAAAAUCCGUAGCAUUGCAGACUCAGAUGGCUCAAGUGCAAGUUGAAACUUGGGUGUAAACGCACGCUCUCCAGUGGCAGUAGGCCAGCUUUGGCGCUUCCUUUGGUUUCCACAUGAGGCUCUCCUUCUACCUUGCCAGGUGACUAGCAGUGGUGUCACCCCUGCAAAGGAAGCCCUGCUGACUUGGACAACCUUGUGCUGACGGAAGGACUUUCAUGUUGGAAAGCAAUUUCGUUUUUUAAGAAUAAAGGACUAGUUCAUCCAUGUAGAAUGAUAGAGUUGAGAAAAGGAAACUUCCCCAAGGUUGCUUCUGUUUUCAUGCUUGGCUUGUCAUCACAUUGAAAAAAAAAAUGAAUCCUAACCCCGCCCCGCCCCACAUGUACAUAAAGAAAUCACCAACCUCUUGCCCUGGUCUCAGCCUGACCAGUUUGCCUUUUGCAAAUAUGUUUCCAUAUGUAAAUCCCUAGUUACAUGCUUCCAUAGACAAUAGGUUUUUUAUUUUCAGUUCUUUGUGUCAUCUUACUACAAGAAAUCAUCAGGGUGAAUGGGACAGAGCUCUGAGUAUUUUUCUAGUGUUUUAUUAUUAUUGAUCGUGCUGCUGGGCCAUGCACACUGCAGCUGUCAACAUUUCUCUGAUUUCGUUCAGCUGUUUGCAAAAAGGGCUAUAGUUCACACUGCAGAGUAAGUAUUAAGCUUUCUGGAUCCCCCCACCCCCGCGCACCCCACACUCCCUCCCCCCCCCCACACACACAAACUUCUGUGACCAGAAAGAAUGAGAAAUCUUUUAAUAUAAAGAGAGCAUAUUUAUAUCAUUCCUCAAUAGUUAAUUAUAGGGUUUGGUACCUUUGUGCCUCAGGGAAGCCACGUGAUGUAACUGGUUAUAGACUUUCAGGGUUAGGAUGUAGAGAAAGGAGAAAGCCAUUGGAAACCGUGACGGGCUCCAUUGAGACAAUGAACCUAAUGCAGAAGUAAGCCAGGACCGGCGUAAUGUGAUUGUAGUAGAAUUUGUUUCCCAGGACUAGUAGGGAAAUCAUCUUAAGUUAUUACAUAUGCUGUAUUAGGAGAGUUGGGAACUCUCCAUACAGCAUCAACGCCUCUUAUCUUUGCUUACCAAUCUCUGUUAUUUGGAGCUCAGUGUUGAUAUUUGGACACUUUUAGGAGUUUAGGGGACAUGUUUUCUUCUUAAGGUUUUUUUCCGUGGUUUCACUCAGCUUCUUUUCUUGAGAACUGGUCUUUACAUUAGAUGUGCACAAGAGGUGGAAGUCGUGCCUCUCACAGUACAAAUGCAGACACACAGGCCCCGGGACCUUGAUGUCAAGCCAGAUGUGGUUCUGUUCCCUUGGCUGCCCAUCUCAUGACCCCAUGGUUCUCCCUUUGUGGACUGAGGGUCUGAAGCUCCUGCUAUGAUGGUGGACACAGCUCCAGACACUGCAUUAGGACCCAAGGCCAAUGAGAUAACUGGAGAAUGUCUUUAGAAGAUGCUAAGCAUUACUGAAGAGGUAAAACAAAGUUCUGUCUUGUCUUUUUAAAUAUGUCCUCACAAGUGUCUGCCCCCAUGACUCCCUAGUGAACAAUAGAGAAAGGCAAAUAUGUUUUCCAGUUCAGCUUAACUUUCUAAACAAAAAUCAUCACGCUGAAAGGGAUGUUCUGUCUUCUAGGCUGAGAUCACAGAUUGCUUCUCUGUAUUAAAUAAUCUAGAAGUUAGGGGGCUGGCCAUAUUUACCAUGUAUAGUGUUACAAGCAGUUAAAUUUUAUGGCUAUAUUUGUAAAAUUUGUUCUUUUAUAUUUCAUGUCAAAUUGAAAAAUUUAUUUCUUCACUGUUGUACCUGUGGAAAUACAAGCCAUUUUACAGGAGGAAAAAAAACUUCAAAAGCUAUUAAACAAAUCUCACCAUGUU